AUGGAGCCUCCAUGCGUCACCGCGUCAGUAUCGGACAAGCUGACAGGGAUUUCUCCCGAUCCACAACCACCGCCACCACCCCAGACACUUUCAAAUGCACCACCCCACCAGCCUGUGCCACCACGGUUACCGGAACACCCUCGCCGCCUCUCUGGAGCUGCCAACACGAGGCCUGGAGAGGGAAAGGAGACACCAGCCACGGGAGAGACCACAAAGCGACCUGAAGGAGGGGACAGCCUCCACUACCGCAGCGGAGCCGACUGGAAGCGGCGACGACGACUUGUCGAGCCCCGCCGGCCGGGCCGGGCCCACUUGGACCCGGACAGUCCUCUCACCACGCUGCAGCUCGCCGACCGACGAAGUCCUCACCACAUGCAAACCGCCGCCACCUCGCCACCACCAGGGAGCGUCGCCGCCGAAUGCCGAGCCACUGGCCUGCCCCAAACCAGAUUGGGCCCACAGAUCAGGGUUGGGCGGGCGCCGCGAGCCACCAGCGCCGCCCCACGGCCAACGGCCGCACUGUCGCGUUUGGAACCACCAUGGCACGUGGCACCACCGCCGCCGGGCCACACUAACACCGGCCGAAGGGCAUCGCCGCCGGCCACCACCGCCCGAGCACACUACUAG